GCACUCAAAUCAAAAAUCCCAACACUUUUUUCUAUAUUCAAAAUUCAACACUCUAUAGUCGAUGAUGUCUAUGCAACAUUUUCCACCGUUGAUCUAAUCUCUUGAUUCAUCCCUAUCCGUUGAUCUUUCUUACCCCUUAUCCUAAAUUCACUUGCUCAAGAACACAAACGAAGUAAAACAGAGACACAUACAGAGACAGAAACAGUUAUACUCUUCAAUUCGUUCGUUGUUCUUCUGGUCAUAAACAGGAUUUUGUAACGACUUGGAGAUUUGUGAUGGAUAAUGGUGGUGGGUAUGAUGAAGGGGAGAGGAAGAGGGUUGAUGUUGGGGUGUCCAAUGAGAGUAUAGGAGGGUCUUGUGAGUUGAAGAGUUUUGAAGGAGUGGAGGUUUUCGAGGAGGAAAAGGGUUUAUAUGAUCAGGGGGAUGCUGUUGGUUCUACUGUUAGUGUAUUGCCUUCGGAUUCCGUUGAAGGAAUUCAUGAUGAUGAUUAUGAUGCGGAAGAACUUGAUAGUUUUCUAGAGGCAAUUGGGGUUUCUGAUGGGGGUGUCGAAGUGUCGGAGGAUGAAGAGGAAGUUGAAGUGAUUGUUGAUGAGGGUGCUAAUGACUUGGUGAAUGGGCACUCUGGUUUGUCGAGUGAGAGGUUUGAAAAUGAGGAUCUUGAAUACGUGACUCCCAAACAAAAUGGUGGUGUGCUUUUUGAAAAUGGGAGCACGGACAAGGUGGAUUAUGAUGUCGAUGGGUUUCAUACAUAUUCUGGAUUCGACGAGGAAAUAAGAAACCAGGGUGGUGCUGAUGCCGAGGAUUUGAAAGAGGGUGGGUUGAAUACAGAACUCAGAGAUGAUAAAAUAAUAGAGGAACAAUGUAAUGCAUCGGGUGGACCUUAUAGUGAAAUUCAAGAUGAUAAAGUGCACAUACAUCCAGCUCACGGGGGUUUAGAGCCUCUUGAUAAAACAGUUACUGAAAUGGAGGAUGAAACCCUUGGCACUGAUGUAGUCCGUGAGGAUAGAAAUGGCGAAGAAAUUGGAAUAUCUGAUUGUCAGAGUAUUGAAUGCAAAGAUUAUAGGAAUGAUGAAGAUAAGGACUCUAACGGUGAAAUAGAUUCAGAGCAUCAGGAAACAGCUGGUGAAGCAGGAGGAUCUGCUCCGGCUGUGGAGAAGAGAACAGUGAUUGAAACUGCUGGUCUAUCAGAAAAUCCCUUUGUCAAUAAGAUAGUUCAGUCUACUGCGUCUGGAAUUGACGAACAAAGUAUCAAGGAUUACCCGUCUAAGAUCUCUAAUGAAGAAAACCAAGGAAAUUAUGAAAACUUAUCUUCUGUUGAAGAACCUAAAAAGAAACCAGAGAAUAAUGCAGAGAACAAGGAAACCAAUCAGAUUGCUGAAGAACAGAUACGUGAGCCUGUUUCCUCAUCUGGAAAAUCUGUUGCGGCUAGCACCCCUCUUGUUCGUCCUGCUGGCCUUGGGUCUGCAGCUCCGUUAUUGGAACCUGCUGCCCGGGUGGUGCAGGAGCCGCGGGUGAACUAUACGGUAUCUAAUACACAGUCCCGAAAAAUGGAAGACUCCUCAGUUGCGGAGGCUGAGGAAUAUGACGAGACUCGAGAAAAACUUCAAAUGAUUAGGGUGAAGUUUUUGAGGUUAGCUAAUAGGCUUGGGCAGACACCCCACAAUGUUGUUGUAGCACAAGUUCUAUAUAGAUUAGGACUGGCUGAACAACUCAGAGGGAGGAAUGGGGGCCGUGUUGGCGCUUUUAGCUUUGAUCGUGCAAGUGCAAUGGCCGAGCAGCUUGAAUCAGUUGGUCAAGAACCACUUGAUUUCUCUUGUACAAUAAUGGUUCUCGGAAAGACAGGAGUUGGGAAAAGUGCAACUAUCAAUUCUAUCUUUGACGAGGUUAAAUUUAAUACUAAUGCUUUUCAUUCAGGAACAAAAAAGGUUCAGGAUGUCGUAGGAACAGUACAGGGUAUUAAAGUGCGGGUCAUUGAUACACCAGGACUUCUACCUUCUUGGUCAGACCAGCGAUAUAAUGAGAAGAUCCUCCUCUCUGUCAAGCGUUUUAUUAAGAAAUCUCCACCCGAUAUUGUGCUGUAUCUUGAUAGGUUAGAUAUGCAGAGCCGAGACCUUAGUGAUAUGCCGCUCUUACGCACAAUUACCGACGUUUUUGGACCAUCCAUAUGGUUCAAUGCUAUCGUGGGUUUAACUCAUGCCGCUUCUGCCCCACCGGAAGGCCCUAAUGGCACUCCUUCCACUUAUGACAUGUUUGUCACACAGCGCUCUCAUAUUGUGCAGCAAGCCAUUCGACAGGCAGCUGGUGAUAUGCGUCUCAUGAAUCCUAUAUCAUUGGUGGAGAACCACUCUGCAUGCAGAAUUAAUACGGCCGGCCAAAGAGUGUUGCCUAAUGGCCAGGUUUGGAAACCUCAUCUGUUGCUCUUAUCUUUUGCGUCGAAAAUCCUGGCUGAAGCAAAUGCUCUUCUUAAGUUACAAGACAGUACACCUGAAAAACCUUACAUGGCUCGUGCAAGAAUGCAACCAUUACCGUUUCUUCUGUCUUCCCUACUGCAGUCAAGACCGCAAUUAAAGUUGCCUGAGGAGCAAUUUAGUGAUGAGGACAAUCUCGACGAUCUUGAUGAACCUUCAGAUUCUGAUGAUGAAACAGAUCCUGAUGACUUGCCACCAUUUAAACCUUUGACGAAAGCCCAGAUCAGAAACCUUUCUAGAGCUCAGAAAAAUGCAUAUCUGGACGAGGUUGACUACCGAGAAAAACUCUUUAUGAAGAAACAAUUGAAGUAUGAAAAAAAGCAACGGAAGAUGAUGAAGGAAAUGGCCAAAUCAGCGAAAGACCUGCCAAAUGAUUAUGAUGAAAAUUUGGAGGAAGAAAGUGGUGGUGCAGCUUCUGUUCCUGUUCCCAUGCCAGAUAUGUCCUUGCCAGCUUCCUUUGAUUCUGAGACUCCCACUCACCGGUAUCGUUUUCUUGAUUCAUCCAACCAGUGGCUUGUAAGACCUGUCCUAGAAACUCAUGGAUGGGAUCAUGAUGUAGGUUAUGAAGGCUUAAAUGCAGAAAGACUGUUUGUUCUUAAAGACAAGAUACCCUUCUCUUUUAGUGGUCAGGUUACCAAGGAUAAAAAGGAUGCUAGUGUUCAGAUGGAAAUGGCAACUUCAGUUAAGCAUGGAGAAGGGAAAGCAACAUCGUUAGGUUUUGAUAUGCAGAGUGCUGGGAAAGACUUAGCUUAUACAUUACGUAGCGAGACAAAAUUUUGUAAUUUUAGGAGAAAUAAGGGAACUGCUGGUCUCUCAUUUACUCUCUUGGGUGAUUCCUUGUCAGCUGGAAUUAAAUUUGAAGAUAAGUUCAUUGCUAAUAAGCGAUUCCAGUUGGUUAUUGCUGGUGGUGCAAUGACCGGACGUGAUGAUAUUGCUUAUGGUGGCAGUUUGGAGGCCCAGUUGAGAGAUAAAAAUCAUCCUCUAGGACGCUCAUUAUCGACACUCGGGCUCUCCGUCAUGGAUUGGCAUGGAGAUCUUGCUGUUGGGUGCAAUUUACAAUCACAAAUUCCCAUUGGACGGUAUACAAACCUUGUUGCGCGAGGCAAUCUGAACAAUCGUGGGGCUGGACAAAUAAGCAUCCGAUUAAAUAGUUCAGAACAACUUCAAAUUGCUUUGAUUGCCCUUAUUCCUCUACUUAAGAGGGUUUUUGGUUAUUCUCAACAACUGCAGUUUGGACAAUGAUGACAGUGUUAGAAUAUUGCGCGCAGCAUCACUUGCACACUAGUAGAUAAGCAUAAGCACAAGCACGACACCGGCUGGAGCUUACAGUAAAGAUGGGUUGGCAUAAGUUACAGAAGCUAUAACAAUUCUUUUGAAAAAGAUUGAGGGCUAGGUUGGUUUUAAAGUUACCAAAUAUUUUGGGAGUUCAAUAAUAAUUCGUGAAGCGUUUGCUUUAUGGUAUUGAAUAUGCUAAAGAUUUAGACGCGGUAGUUAUUGAAUCGCCAAAUUAUUGUAGAUAAUCCAUUUUUACUCUAUUCUUGAUAACAAAUAAGCUUAUUAAUACUGUAUGCGCAAUUUACCAGAGAAUGAUUAAUUUGUGGUUAUACAUGUGUGCUGUUUUAGAAUAUUAUUGCAAUAUGCAAACACAAAUAGCACUUUUGUUAGGACUGAUCCAAAAUAUCCAUAGCUAUCUUUCCUUUCUGAAUAAAGUUACUUGUGUGUAAGCUAGCUUUAUUUCAGUAAAUAACAGUGCUGCAUACGCUUGGAAGUUUUCUGCAAUUCUAUUUUUGUUUUUGGUAGAAAUCUUGGUGAUGAAACUUUAUACACAUGGACCUUUAUUUAUUUGUAUAAUUUCUAUGAUAUUCAUUACCAUAUUAAAUUUCUCCAAUAAACUGAAAGAUAAGAUAUACGGUUGCAGAAUGACUGGAUGUUGCUGCAUUGGGAAAAAAAAUUUAAGUGUAAAUAUACUUUGUUUAUAGAGUAUG